AUGUUCCUCUAGGUUCCGGGAGAUUUUUUUGCUAACAUGCAUCACCAGCAGCGGAUGGCAGCUCUGGGAACAGACAAGGAACUGAGUGACUUACUGGAUUUCAGCGCAAUGCGAAACAACGAUUUGAAAAUGUUCCCACCAUCCAUGAUGUUUUCUCCUCCUGUCGGCAGUGGAAAGAACGGACCGACCUCCCUGGGGAGCGGACAUUUCUCCGGCUCAAAUAUGGAGGAGAGGACGAGUGCAGGAUCGUGGGCGAGUGGAAGUCGUUCUUCCAAGAGUUAUGCAGAAGGGUCUCAGUACAUGGCGUCACAUGACAGCCUCUCCCCCCCGUACAGCAACUCCAGGCUCACAGGUAAAUCGGAGAGGAGCUCCUACUCGUACGGCCGAGAGUCCAACCCCCACUGUCACCAGCAGUCGGUCCUGGGCGGUGAGUUGGGUUUGGGGAGUCCGGGCACGGCGUCGCCCACCAAGCCGGCCGGGCAGUACUACCAGCACUACAGCUCCAACCCCCGGAGGAGAACACUGCCAAUGGACACCAUGGAGAUUCACACAAAAAAAGUGCGGAAGGUCCCCCCCGGCCUGCCGUCCUCAGUGUACGCACCGUCUGCCAGCACGGCCGACUACAACCGGGACUCACCGGGCUACCCCUCCUCCAAACCCCCCAGCGCCGGCUUCCCCAGCCCCUUCUUCAUGCCAGACGGUCACAGUGGAGAUCCAUGGAGCAGCAGCAGCAGCAGCAUGGGCCAGCAAGGUUACCACGGCAGCAUGCUGGGGGCGGGGAACUCCGCCCACGGCCCCUCCCAGAGCUCCUCCUACUGCGGGAUCCACCCUCAUGACAGACUGAGUUACCCCUCGCACUCGUCUGCAGACCUCAGCUCCAGCCUUCCUCCCAUGUCCAGCUUCCACCGGGGGGGAGGGAGCGGCGGCGGGGGCGGGGGCAAUCACUACAGCACCGCCUCCUGCACCGCCUCCACCAACGGCACAGAAAGCAUCAUGGCUAACCGAGCACAGAGCGGAGCAGCCAGCAGCUCUCAGACAGGAGAUGCCUUAGGGAAAGCACUCGCAUCAAUUUAUUCUCCCGACCACACGAACAACAGCUUCUCGUCCAACCCCUCCACCCCGGUGGGCUCGCCCCCCUCCCUCACAGCUGCCAGUUCAGCCCAGUGGUCGAGGAACGGUGGACAGGGAGCGUCAUCGCCAAACUACGAGGCUCCGCUACACUCUCUGCAAAGUCGUAUCGAGGACCGUCUGGAGCGUCUGGACGAUGCGAUCCACGUCCUGCGGAGCCACGCCGUCGGGCCGUCCACGGGAAUGCCCGGCGGCGGCCACGGGGAAAUGCACAACCUCAUCGGGGCGGCGCACACGCACAACGGAGCCAUGGGCGCCUUGACCAGCGGGUACGGGUCGGGACUGCUGUCGGCCAACAGACACGCCCUCAUGGUAGGAACACACAAAGAUGGCGGCAGCGGUCUGCGCGGCGGACACUCGAUGGCCGGACAAGGGUCUCAGCUGCCGGCCCAGUCGGCCUCGUCACCGGACCUCAACCAGCCCGACCCGUACCGCGCGCUGUCCGGAGGUCACCAGGGCCAGAGCACCUCCUCCGUCAGCUCAGAGAUCAAGUCUGAGGACGAAGGAGACGAGAACCUCCUGCAGGAGUCCAAGCCUCUGGAUCCCAAGAGGGAGGACGCCGACUCCAAGGAGCUGAAAGCUAAUGACAGCAACAACGAGGACGAGGACCUGUCCCCGGAGCAGAAGAUGGAGAGAGAGAGGGAGAGGAGGAUGGCGAACAACGCACGGGAACGCCUGCGCGUCCGUGACAUCAACGAAGCGUUCAAGGAGCUGGGAAAGAUGGUGCAGCUGCACCUGAAGAGCGACAAACCUCAGACCAAGUUACUGAUCCUGCACCAGGCCGUGGCCGUCAUCCUGAGCCUGGAGCAGCAAGUCCGAGAGAGGAACCUGAACCCCAAGGCCGCGUGUCUGAAGCGCCGCGAGGAGGAGAAGGUCACGGUGUCGUCGGACGGGACCCCCCUGUCGCUGGCCGCCGCGCACCACGCCGCCGCCUCCGUCAUGGGCGAUGGGUCCAACCCCAUGGGACAAAUGUCGAAGGUGCCAGAGUUCAUCAAGAUGAUGAGCGACCACUUCCUCUGACACUGUUUCCAUAACGACCCAGCAACCAAUCAAACCCGUUGUUGCUUCAGCCCGACCAAUCAGAUCAGCCUCUUUCUCUCCUCUCGUCUGUCGCCUCCGAUCGUCCUCCUCGCCUCUGUCUCCCUCUUCUGUCGAGAACACGAACUGCAGAGUCACUCUAGUCGCUUUCGUCACUUCGCCGCUGAAGUGAACCGGACGCUUCUCGUGGAGACGUUGAAACCGCCGCCGCCGCCACGCGGCCGCGCUGCAGCAGAGGAUUGUGGGAACUUUUCACACAAAGUGACAGCAACGGACAAAAGUCUUUGGAAUCACAUCAUCCAAGAAAUUCUUCUUGUACUUCUUGUUUUAUCAGCAUUCCCAGUUUUAAAGAAUAAAAGGGUUCUAUAUAUAUAAAAAUAUAUAUAUAUAGUAUAUA